AAGCCAAGUCCACCGCCGGGAAUCCACGCCCACCACACCUCGUCGCCCCCGCCGCCCCUCGGCGAUAAAAAUCCACCGAUUCUGCCGCAACCGCAAGGCGUCUCUUCCCCGACCGCAUUUCCCCCACCUCAUGGCCGAUUCCGCCGCCCUCUCCUCCUCCCUGCCCCGCUCCCUGGCGUCCAGGAGGCCCCUCUCCUCCUCAUCAUCCUCCUCCCCUCUCCGCGGCUGCGGCGGCAGGUCCCGAUCCCCGCGCCGCUGCCGCUUCGGGUCGCGCCUGCGGGCCCGCGCGAGGAAGGACGACCCCGAGGACCCCUACGGGCCCUACCCCUGGGAGCAGCCCUUGGAUCUCUCCUCUGGGUUCGAUAUUGAGUGGGUGCAAGAAGAUAAAAUCACAUUGUUCACUUCUGAUGGGCUUGUUCAAAUAGGGGGUUCCCUGGUACCUCGUCGAUUGUCUGCUUCCGAGAAGAGGAAACAAAAAGCAAAAGGGACACAUAAAUUCCGCCGGUUUCAGGAGAGUUCUUACAUGGAUCCAAAUCAAAGUCUUUGCCUUGGAUCACUAUUUAACAUAGCAGCGACAAAUGGCCUAGACAUGGGUAGAAGAUUAUGCAUCUUUGGCUUUUGUCGGUCUAUUGAAAUGCUAAGCGAUGUGGUGGAAGAUACAGUACUGGAGCACGGCGGUGAGGUUGUCAUUGCAGAGAAGGCGAGCAACGAUGGCCUUCAGGAGAAGCUAACUAUGUCUGUCGCCGUACCACUCUUGUGGGGCGUUCCUCCAGCAUCUGAGACCCUCCAUGUCGCUGUGCGGAGCGGUGGAGGUAUAGUGGACAAGAUCUAUUGGCAAUGGGACCUGUUCUAAACGCUCAGGACCCAUACACAUUAACAAACAAUCCAUCCCACCUGUAUAUAUGUUCCUUCCUCCUAAUUGGCUGCACGCAUCGUGUCAGCAACUGUGUUCGUGCCAUUUCUACCCAACCGGCAAACUUCACGUAUAUAAACCUGUACAGACCUGUUUCCUCUCGUGCUAUCGUGCAUAUAAAUAAAUAAAAAGGCUCUGAGCUCACGGCCCAUGUUCAAUCAA